GAGGAAGAAAGGGAGGGAGGCGACGUCAUGUGAUUCGCUUCCCUGCUCCUUUAAGCGUCCACAGGCGGCGGAGCGGCCACAAUCACAGCUCCGGGCACUGGGGGAGCCUGAGCCGGUUGCGCCGGGGGAAUCCGUGCGGGCGCCUUCCGUCCCGGUCUCAUCUUCGCCGCGCUCCCGCACCCCUGAAGUUUUGCCGCGCCCACAAAGGAGGCGAGGGAGGAGGGAGCGUGAGAGGGGAGGGAGCAAAAAGCACACCUUGAAACAUUGAUUUUUAAGGAGAAAAAAAAGGGGGGGGGCGCAAAAAUGGCUGGGGCAAUUAUAGAAAACAUGAGCACCAAGAAGCUGUGCAUUGUUGGUGGGAUUCUGCUCGUGUUCCAAAUCAUCGCCUUUCUGGUGGGAGGCUUGAUUGCUCCUGGGCCCACGACUGCAGUGUCCUACAUGUCAGUAAAAUGUGUGGAUACCCAUAAAAACCAUCACAAGACAAAAUGGCUAAUGCCUUGGGGACCCAACAAGUGUGACAAGAUCAGAGACUUCAAUGAAGCAAUUACAAAGGAAAUCCAAGCCAAUGACAUUGUGUUUUCUGUCCACAUUCCCCUCCCCUCCAUGGAGAUGAGUCCUUGGUUCCAAUUCAUGCUGUUUAUCCUGCAGCUGGACAUUGCAUUCAAGCUGAACAACCAAAUCCGAGAAAAUGCUGAAGUAUCCAUGGACGUUUCCCUGGCUUACCGUGAUGAUAUGUUUGCUGAGUGGACUGAAAUGGCCCAUGAAAGAGUGCCCCGGAAACUCAAAUGCACUUUUACAUCUCCCAAGACCCCAGAGCAUGAGGGACGUUACUAUGAGUGUGAUGUCCUUCCAUUCAUGGAAAUCGGAUCUGUGGCUCAUAAGUACUACCUCCUAAACAUCCGACUGCCUGUGAAUGAGAAGAAGAAAAUCAACGUUGGGAUCGGGGAGAUAAAGGAUAUUCGGCUUGUGGGAAUCCAUCAAAAUGGAGGCUUCACCAAGGUGUGGUUUGCCAUGAAGACCUUCCUUACGCCCAGUAUCUUCAUCAUCAUGGUGUGGUACUGGAGGAGGAUCACCAUGAUGUCCCGACCCCCCGUGCUUCUGGAAAAAGUCAUCUUUGCCCUUGGGAUUUCCAUGACCUUUAUCAACAUCCCAGUGGAAUGGUUUUCCAUUGGUUUUGACUGGACCUGGAUGCUGUUGUUUGGUGACAUUCGACAAGGCAUCUUCUAUGCAAUGCUUCUCUCCUUCUGGAUCAUCUUUUGUGGCGAGCACAUGAUGGAUCAGCAUGAGCGGAAUCACAUUGCAGGGUACUGGAAACAAGUCGGACCGAUUGCUGUUGGCUCUUUCUGCCUCUUCAUAUUUGACAUGUGUGAGAGAGGGGUGCAACUCACGAAUCCUUUCUACAGUAUCUGGACCACAGAUGUUGGAACAGAGUUGGCUAUGGCCUUCAUCAUUGUGGCUGGGAUCUGCCUCUGCCUCUACUUCCUGUUUCUGUGCUUCAUGGUAUUUCAGGUGUUUCGGAACAUCAGCGGGAAGCAGUCCAGCCUGCCGGCCAUGAAUAGGGUCCGGCGGCUGCACUAUGAGGGGCUGAUUUUCAGGUUUAAGUUCCUUAUGCUCAUCACCUUGGCCUGUGCUGCUAUGACUGUCAUCUUCUUCAUCGUUAGUCAGGUGACUGAAGGCCAUUGGAAAUGGGGCGGCGUCACAGUUCAAGUGAACAGUGCCUUUUUCACAGGCAUCUAUGGGAUGUGGAACCUGUAUGUCUUUGCUUUGAUGUUCUUGUAUGCACCAUCCCAUAAGAACUAUGGGGAAGACCAGUCCAAUGGUGAUCUGUGUGUCCCCAGUGACGAAGAACGCCAGCCCACCACCACUAUCACCCACGUAGACGGACCCACCGAGAUCUACAGGUUGACCCGCAAGAAGGCCCAGGAGUAGGAGGAGGCUGCAGCACCUGGUUAGGAUUGUCUCCCCAACCCCUAGCCGCUCUUAACUACAGUGGGGAGCGUGCUCAAGAGAGCUCAGUGCACAAACAGAUGCCUCGUGUCUCUUAGCUGUGGUUUCUCGGACCAGCAGCAAGGACGUUUGUCAGUUUGCCCUCUGACGGUAGCUUUCAGAGGAAGAUUCCUGCAGCCACUAGUGCAUUGUGUGUGAUAACAAAACCUCUGGUAUGACACAUUUUCUGUGAUCAUUGUUAAUUAGUGACAUAGUAACAUCUCUAGCAGGUGGGUAGUCAACCUCGUGUGUUGAGGGUGUACUCCUUGGGGGGAUGGUUUGGGCCAGCUGGGGUCUUUGUCGAGUGGAAUAUUUGACUGUUUUUCGUGUUUUAGAUUCUAGGAUAGAUUUAAACAUCCUUUGCAGUUCAAGAUAGACUGGGGUCCUAGUCUUCUCACUCCUAGUCCAUGACCACUUUUUUCCUGUUGAUAUCACCAAGUAGCCGGUUGAGUUAAUAUUUGUCAAUAGAUAUGCAUCCUUAUUUUUUAUAUCAUAAUGUAAAAUAACUGAAUUUCAUCAGAAGGUCCAUUACACCAGGGGCAUUUCAGCUUUGAAACCAAAUCUUGUGUAUCCAAUACUAACCAGUCUGUGGGAUGUGGGUUUUAAAAAAAUGUUUGCAAAACUACCCAAGUAGGAUUUAUUGUAUUAAAUGGCCUUUGGGUCUGAAAUGCUCUUUUUAACCUCUUGCUUAAAAUGUGUUUUCUUUUGAUAAGAUGCUUCAAACAGCCUCCAGAUGUGUAGAUCUGAUCAUUUAAAUAAACCUGUAUGUAUAUGCAUAUAUGUAUAUGCACACAUCCUCCUGCUCGAACUAAUA